CUUUCAACUAUGUUGCGAUCUGUCUUCCUUCUAAACUCUCUUGGUCUUGCCUUGGGUGGCACCAUCCUGUGGGAUGGAAGAUUCAACGAUAUGACCUCAAGCACUGAGCUUGACAAUUGGUCUUGGAGUGAUGAAACCGGACCUUACCAGUACUAUAUCCAUGGCACUGAGAAUGUCACCUCAUAUGUCAACCUUGACUCAACUUUCAAGAAUCCAGUAGAUACGGGUAGUACUCAAGGUGUAAAGGUCACAUUGGAUAGUACCAGUUACUGGGACGGUCAGACUAUGAGACGCACUGAGCUCAUUCCCCAGACUUCAGCUGCCAUCAACAAAGGAACUGUCUACUAUCAUUUCAGUAUGCAAAGAACCGAUACAAAUGCCCCGAGUGAGUUCCGCGAGCAUCAGAUCUGCUUCUUCGAAAGCCAUUUCACGGAAAUGAAGGCAGGAUGGAUCAGUGGAGAAUCAGGAACGAGUGAUGCUCUCCUUCGAUGGGACGUAAGCUCGGCCACCCAAUGGAACACAACCUGGGAAGCUGGAGUAUGGCACAACAUCGCAUAUGCCAUUGAUUUCGAUGCUGGAUCUGUCGCUUUCUAUCAUUCUACCGGUGCUGACGAUCUCGUCCUUACGGUUCCAGCCGUGACUGUCUCUGCAUCAUCCAAUGGGGCAGACUGGCACCUUGGUGUUCUCGAGCUGCCUCGGGAUGGAUACACGGAUGCCACAGAGGACAUAUACUUCAGCGGCGUCUACGUCGAGAGCAGCGAUCUCACUACCAGCGUUUCGGGCCCUGGGAACACGUCGGCUUCUGGAGUGGCAUCGUCAGUUUCUGUUGCUUCAAUGUCGGCACCGGCAUCCUCGUCUGUUGUUGGAUCGGCCUCAACUGUGUCAUCUGCACCGGCUAGCACUUCAUCGACAGCCGCAACCGUCGCUAGUUCUUCCUCUGCCCCUUCUGGAGUUACCGUUUCAUCCUCCGCAGAUACUGCUUCGGUAUCAUCCACACUUACACCGAGCACGACUCUUUCAACCGUCAUCGUUCCACCUACAAGUACCAGUACUCCAACUGAUCCUGAUGAUGACGAUGACUGCGAGUGA